AUGGAAUGUAAAAGGCAUCAUAUGAUCUUAUCAUUCAGCUUAUCCUUUAAAACUACUACUACUACUACUACUACUACUACUACUACUACUACUACUACUACUACUACUACUACUACUACUACUACUACUACUACUACUACUACUACUACUACUACUACUACUACUACUACUACUACUACUACUACUACUACUACUACUACUACUACUACUACUACUACUACUACUACUACUACUACUACUACUACUACUACUACUACUACUACUACUACUACUACUACUACUACUACUACUACUACUACUACUACUACUACUACUACUACUACUACUACUACUACUACUACUACUACUACUACUACUACUACUACUACUACUACUACUACUACUACUACUACUACUACUACUACUACUACUACUACUACUACUACUACUACUACUACUACUACUACUACUACUACUACUACUACUACUACUACUACGCCUACGACUACUACUGCUACUACUAUUAAUUAG